AAAUUACUACAUUACAAAAAGUUCUCUUUCCUCAAAUUCUCAAAACAAACGCUCAAAGAGGUUAGAAGAAUGAAGGCGCUGAUGAGUAGUGUGAUCGUCCCUUGGCAACCACCCCACCCAAAACCUCGGAUUCCAGUUGUUUGCUGCUCCACCAUUAAUGGGUCCUCAUCCUCUUCCUCAGAAGUGAACUUACAAAGCUCCCAGCCUCAGGAGUGCAAGUCAUCCAAUGCUGAGGAACCGAAACAGUCCGAAAUUUGGCGACUCUUCAGAGAAGCUCAGAAGAAUAUUCUACACUUGAACCAACAUCGUCUUAAGGCGGUAGAAGAUCUUAACAAAAUCAACAUAGAGAAACAACUGUUGGUUGAUAGGAUAGAGCAAUUGGAGCUGGAAAAGCAGACUGCUGUUGCAAAACCUCAAGAUAGGCUAUCAAUGUUUUGGGAGAUACUCCUUCGGAUAGACUCAAUGGUCCUCAUGGGAAUGGUUACCACUGCAGAGGCAUCUAAUUUGAGAAGGCUGGUCAUGGAUCACAAAGUUAGCGUAGCUGAAGUAUUUAACGACACCCUGCAGAAGAGUGAUGCUGAGAUUUUAGCAGAACUCCGUCAUUUCUCUGAGAGAAACCCAAGGAAUGGAUUUCACAUUGUACAUGUAUGCACGGAAAUGGCACCACUGGUCUCUGUUGGAUCUUUGGCUUCAUAUGUGACAGGUUUGUCUUGUGCACUACAAAGGAAGGGGCAUUUGGUGGAGGUGAUACUUCCAAAGUAUUCAAGCUUGGAUUUAGAUGAAGUUCAAGGGCUACAGGAAAUUGAGGCAGAGUGUUAUUCAUAUUUUAAUGGUCAGUUGCAUGGCAACAGAAUUUGGACUGGUGUUGUCUAUGGUAUUGGAGUUACUUUAAUUCAACCACUAUACUACUCAUCCUUUUUCAACCGUGAGAGGGUAUAUGGCUAUUCAGAUGACUUUGAAAGGUUUACCUAUUUCUCCCGUGCGUCAUUGGAUUAUAUUGUAAAAUCUGGAAAGCAACCUGAUGUGAUACAUAUCCACAACUGGGAGACUGCUAUUAUUGGGCCACUUUUCUGGGAUAUUAUUGUUAAACAGGGACUUGAAGGUACAAGAGUUCUAUUGACAUGCCACGACCUCAAUUCACAGUGUCUUGAGCAUCCGGAGAAACUAGCGUUAUGUGGACUUGAUCCUGCUAGACUUCACCGUCCUGAUCGUUUGCAAGAUACUACCAAGGCACAUCUGGUUAAUGUUUUGAAGGGUGGAGUUGUUUACUCGAAUAAAGUUGUCAUUAUGUCAUCCAUACGUUCAAAAGGCAGGGUUAUUCAUAGUCUGAGUCAUGGGUUGGAUCAUACCUUAAACAUUCACAAAAACAAAGUGGUUAUUGCUCCUUGUGGAUUUGACAACUCCACUUGGGAUCCGUCUACAGACAACUUUCUUCCCCAACAGUAUAGUGUGAAGGAUAUGAAAGGGAAAGCAGUCUGCAAAGCUGCAUUGCAGCAGCACCUUGGGUUAUCUGAGCAUGCUUCUCCUAUUCUUGUCGGAUGCAUCUUUUCUGAAGUAUCAGAUGUUGAUCUGGAGAACCUGAGGGCAGUAUUUCUGAAAGCUAGGAGGAUUGAUGUGCAGUUCAUCAUUAAAGGGAUUAGCAAAAUAUCAAUUGUAAACAAGCUGGGAUUGGUGCAUGAACCACUGAAGGAUAAAAAUGUUCGAUUCAUAGAUGGACAUGAUGAAAAGCAAUCACAUUUGAUAUUCGCUGGAUCUGAUAUUAUCUUAUGCCAAUCUUUUCAUGAUCCUGUCCUCCAAGUUCCACUAAAGGCUUUAAAGUAUGGGGCCGCUCCAAUUGCAGUAAACUCCAAUGAUGAUGGGUUCAGGAACUUUGUGGAACACGACUAUGAGACCACUAACUUCUCACGUUUUAUUAGCUCUACUUUUGGAAAUAUGUCUAUAAGCCAAGCCCUGGAUGAAAUUAGAAACAACCCGUUGAAGUGGAAGAGAAAGAUAAUGGAUGCCAUGGAAAUGGACUUCUCAUGGGAUGCUGAGUGCUGUGACAUCCAUGCUUCUGCUUAUACAGCCAUAAAUAAUUUGUGAAGCUUUUGUAAAAGUGCAUGUAAAUAUGUGUAUACAGCACAUGCGUAUUGCUGUAUGUAGGUUGUAGAGAUGUACAGUUUCUAAACCGAAUAGGUAUUUGCAAAAGUUCAGUUUCUGUAUCUAUUGAUUUACUAAGACUACAUGGAUCUAACAAUAGAUCCGUUAGGCCAACCUUGUCAUUAGUGUGGGGUGAAAUGCUCUGUUAUAAGAGUUAAAAGAAGCCACCACAUUUUUUGUGUAAUAAGCUAAUUUUAGCACAGAAUAAGUUGAAAGGGGCUUGUUUUACAUCUCUAUAA